CGGAAAUAAGUACUAGGAAAUGUUAAAAACGUAAUGGUGGCUGCUUGCGGACCAUUCCAUUGCUGACAACAUUAUUUAUGAAAUCGUGUGAAAACCUUCAAAAACUAAAAUUUUGCCCGAAGAUUGUUGGAGUAAACGAUCAGCAUGAAUCAAUGUUGCUUUAUUUGCAACUCUAAAGCAUCAGUAGCCCUCAAAAAUGCUAUCAACCUCUUUGGAGAUGAUAACACUUUACCUUCGGGGAAGAAGAUUGCAGAAGUACUGAGCGAGAUAGUAGCGAAGCCUGUCCAAGAUAAGAAAGUUCACACUGAUGUGUUAUGUAAGAAGUGCUGGAAGUCUUGCUGUGAUUAUGAUACAACUCGGAUCAGAUUAGAAACAAUGAAAUCGGAAUUACUGGAACAAUUCAAAUCAUCGAUAACAGCUUACAAAUUAGAUUACGAAAAUUAUGAAAAAAAUGAAUAUGGGACACCGCAGAAACCGAAAUCGGUUAUCGGUAAAAAGUUAGUGUUGCCAGCAUCAAAAUUACAACCGAUACCACCGGAUUUGUUGCUAAAGGUUGGGAAAUUAGCGGCGUUCUCCAAACCUAAUAUUGUUUUACCACAAUUGAAGCCCACCACAGCAUCGACAUUAAACCUAAAAGUAACAGUCGGAUCUUCAGUUUUAACACAAACUAUUAAGACAACCACUGCGAAAACUAUAGACAAACAACAAAUGGAUACUAAUUCACUAUUAAAUUCCUUAUCAAACGCAUUGAAAGAUGAUAUUGAUGGGUUAACUAGUGGUGAUGAGAAGGCUAUCAUGAGUUUUGAUGUAAACUCCUUGCCUAAAGACUUUUUAACUGGUACCGCUUUGAGGAAAAUGAAUGAAAAAGACAAAACUGAUAAAGUAACUGAUGAACAUUCCAUGGAAAUUGAUGAGGACUGUCUAUCAGUGGUUCCUGUGACAUCAGCAGGGAGUGGUCUUCUGUUGCAAGUGGAGAGCUUGCAGCCCCCGCCCCGGCAAGAGGGGACCCAUUACCUGGACAUAGACCCCUUGGAAGCUACCGGGGACAACUCAGACCCCCACAAGUUUAUAUUCGGCAAGCUACAGAUGCUGAACGAGCAGGAAGAUGAUGAUGAUGAAGAUGAAGGGCAUACAAUAGUAGUGGACAGUGAGAAUGGUUCGAUAUUGCGAAUGGUGACCGGUCAGAAGUUUAUAUACGAGGGGGGCGAGAUAUCCUUGGUGAUGCCUGAUGAUGAGCAGGGAGACGCCAGCGGGGAGACACAGGACCACGCUGAUAGUCAAGAUUCCAACGACGAGUCUCAGAUAGAGUUACAAGUGUCGGGAGACGAGGAAACUGCGAACGCCAUCAUAGCGGCUGCACAGGAAAAAGGCGGAGCGUUCAUAAAGGUGGAGUCUGGUGAAAUGUUCCGCGUGAAGUCUGUCAGUAGCGCGCGCCCCGACACGCCGCUGCAGAUCGUGGCGCCCUACAACGACCAGUUCAAGUGUCUACUCUGUGAGAAAAACGGUACCGAAAAGGAGGUGGUAAGUGAAGCGGACGCUAUGAUGCGCCAUUUGAAGACAGUCCACGACGCGCGCCUGUACCUCUGCCGGUUCUGCGGCGCCGUCAUGCGGAAACGGAACGAAUAUACCUCGCACAUAGCGGAGCACGUGUCGGAGGGCAAGUCCCCGGCGGAGGGGGGCGCGCGGACGGCGCACCGCUGCUUGACGUGCGGCAAGUGCUUCAGUAGCCGCAGCCUGCUGCAGGAGCACCACAACGUGCACUCGGGGGCGCGGCCCUACUCCUGCUCCGUCUGCCACAAGGCCUUCGCCUCCAAGUACACGCAUCAGGCGCAUCUUAAAACUCAUGCGGUUCGACCUCGUCCGUUUAAAUGCAACCAAUGCGGCAAAUCAUUCCUCACCCAACAAAACCUCAACCAACAUGAGAAAACACACUCCGGCAUCAAGGACUUCGUCUGUAAUAUAUGCAACAAGGCGUUCAGCACGCAGCACAACCUGGAGGUGCACGGCGUGGUGCACUCGGGGAACAAGGCCUUCGUCUGCACCGACUGCGGGAAGGCCUUCGCGCGCCGGGCCGAGCUCCGGGACCAUAUGCGGAUACAUACUGGCGAGCGUCCGUUCUCGUGCGAGCUGUGCGGGGCGCGCUUUACGCAGCGCUCGAACCUGCACUCGCACCGCCGCGCCACGCACUACGACGACAAGCGGUACCAAUGCACGCUCUGCCCCAAGAAGUUUAAACGGAGGAGGUUACUAGAGUACCACAUAAAGGCGAGCCACACGGGCGAGCGCCCGCUGAAGUGCAGCGUGUGCCAGCUGUCCUUCGUGUACCCCGAGCACUACAAGAAGCAUGUCCGCAUCCACUCCGGGGAGCGGCCCUAUGUCUGCGAGAUCUGCGGCAAGUCGUUCAACUCGCGCGACAACCGCAACACGCACCGGUUCGUGCACAGCGACAAGAAGCCGUACGAGUGCGUCGCCUGCGGGGCCGGAUACAUGAGGAAACAACUGCUCUACGCGCACAUGAAUACCAGCGGACAUUUGGCGGAAUCGAUCGUCGUCAACCAACCCAGAGUUAUUAAGGUUACUGAAAAUGGAACAAGUUCACACGCUACGGAUAUAACUGAUCUUGACUCAAAGACUAAUAAAUUCGAUGCGAUAUUUGAAUCACAGGCUGAGUUAGAGGCUAGUAUCAAAUCAGUGAAAUCCGAAGCGGAGGUGAAUUUAGGAGAUGCGAAGUUUUAUAUAACCGAGGAUAAGAAACUAAUAUUGCAAGAUGGCGGUGGAGAUAAAACAUUGAAUUUAAUACAAGAAGGUGAUGAGUCUACGCUUCUAACUAUACAUAACCUAGGAGAGAGGGCCGACGCGACAAUUUUGGAAGCUGUGAAUGCUGAUCAAUUGGCGGAUCAGACUGAAAUCGUAGCUAACGAUGAGAACGGCGGUGUGGUACGUCUCAUACAGAUCAAAUUGCCGGACGGAAACAACGGAUGGGUCGCUAUCAACCGCUGAGCCAUGCCGGACAUAGGACUCUAGCCAAACACCGGCCAAAUAUAAGCCAAACUGCUACAAGUGAUACUUUAUAAACGUUUAUUCUAGAAAUAGGCUAUGAAAUUACACUUUAGAAAUAAAACCUUGUCCUACACUAGGAUUUUUUCUUAUAUCGUGGCGUUCCAUUGUCUCUGCCUACCCCCAUGGGAGACAGGCGUGAAGUUAUGUAGUAUGUAUGUAUGUAUGUCGUGGGUGCGUUUAUAAACAUAAACAUGACACCCAGACCCGAAACAACAAUUUGGGAAUCACACAAAGAGUUGUUCCGUGCGGGAAUCCAACCCGCUACACGUUGCACGGUAGCCGGUUGCCCAGCCACCGCACCAACCGUGCAUAAACUUUUACACGGUGAUAAUUUAAUUAUUAACUAAAUGAGUUUGUAUCACUGAAAUAAAAACAGGUCUCAGUAGAUAAAAUAUGUGCUUUUAUUAAAAAGACUAACGUACGUAGAUCGUCUUAGUAUGUCGCAGUAAGAUAGAUAAAUCUAGCAGAUAUAUAGAUAACUAGCUACUUCCGCGCGGUUUCACCCGCACUGCUCGGUUCCUAUUGAUCGUGGCGCGAUGAUUUAUAGCCUAUAACCUUUCUUGAUAAAUGAGCUAUCCAACACAAAAAGAAUUAUUCAAAUCAGACCAGUAGUUCGUGAGAUUAGCGCGUUCAAACAAACAAACAAACAAACUCUUCAGCUUUAUAAUAUUAGUACAUAUAGAUAUAAGUAUAUACACUGACCGUUUUAUAACUAAAUACCUCGUGAGGUAGUAAUAAAUCGCUUUUGUAUAACUAUGCUACGGUAUAUUAUUAUAUCCCUAGGAAUAAAACUAUAUUACGGAUUAAUCUAUCUUACUGCGACAUAUACAUAAGUCAUCAACUCACUAUACUACAUUCUGUCAUAUUAUUUUUAUUAAAAUCGAUUAUUGUUCUGUUAACCGAGUAACGAGAUGCUGGAUUCGAUUUCUGUAUCUGGCAAUAAUAUCAAAAUGAUUCACCUUUACUAGUCUACAGAAGUAAGAUACGAUAUGAAUCUAUUUCCGCAUUGCCUGAAUAGGAAUCGAACCCAGGAUCUAAAAUAUGUGGCAUUCACCUAGUCUUGUAUAAAAUAUAGACAAUAGACAAUACUGUAGUGUAAUUAGUUAGCGAAAAUUGUAUGAAAUUAUGUUUCAAAUUAAAUUAUUGUGGUCGCUUAGCGAUCACAUUGUUACUAGGCGUAAAUAUUUUACGAAAAUAUGUAUUGCAAGAAAUAUACUAUUUAUUAUAUGAAAUGAAAUAAAACAGUUUUUAAGUGAU